AUGACUCCUGUAGAAGCUAUACAAAAGAAACAAGUUAAUGCUAUGUCUUCUUUACUUUACAAUAGUGAGUUAGAAGGUAGAAAACAUCAUGUAACUGAUUGUAAUUGGUCUUCUCAAGUUUAUUAUAUCUGCGAAUCUUUAGUACAAAAAAAUCAACCUAUCUUAUACUGGUUAGAAGAUAAUGAAGACAAUAGUCCUAAAAGAUCUUUUGUUAGAGAAGAGCUUCAAGUCAUAAAAGAUGUGCAAUUACCUUCUUAG